GUUGAUGAAGCACUCAUGGACUGUGUUGGAAGUAAUGUGUUUAUGGUUUAAGCGCAGUAGAUUGUCAUGUUUGCAGCCUUUCUUUUGCUGUUUUAGUUCAAGUGAAUUUGCUCAGCUGAUUUUAGGCUGAUUGGUUUUGAGCGUAAUGUUUUAUCCAGCUGUCUAAAACAUGAGAUUGCAUUAUUUUUGGGACCAAUCGACUAAUCAGUGAUCCAAUUCAAAAACGCAAUGAAGCAGGUUGAUGUGAAGCCGUACGUCCCAUCAGUUUCAUAUUUCGAGAAAAACUCAAGAAUCUAUGCAAGAAAAGGUUGCAAGAAAAAAAUCGCGUUUCCUGCGCCGCCUCUCUCGAUGGAGGACCAGGCGGUCUCCCAGAGAGUCGGGGGCCCCGCCGCCCACGUCCCGGGGCCCGGCGGCGGGCCGGCCCGGGUCGUCCGGUGUGGGUGGCUGAAGAAGCAGGGCGGCUUCGUGAAGACCUGGCACACCCGCUGGUUCGUGCUGCGCAGGGAGCAGCUGUGCUACUACAAGGACGAGGAGGAGAACAAGGCCCUGGGCACCAUUGUGUUAUCUGGAAACAGAGUCACGGAGCACGCGACCAACGGCGACGAAGGAGGGAAGUUUCUCUUCGAGAUCGCUCCAGGAGGAGACAGGGAGCGAAUGACCGCUAACCAUGAGACCUACCUUCUCAUGGCCAACACCCAGAAUGACAUGGAGGAUUGGGUGAAGACCAUCCGCAGGGUAAUCUGGGCCCCCUUCGGAGGAGGCAUCUUCGGCCAGAAGCUUGAGGAGACGGUGCGUUACGAGCGGCGCUAUGGCAACAAGCUGGCCCCAAUGCUGGUGGAGCAGUGCGUGGACUUCAUCCGGGAGCAGGGCCUGCAGGAGGAGGGCCUGUUCAGGCUGCCGGGGCAGGCCAACCUGGUGAAGGAGCUCCAGGAUGCAUUCGACUGCGGGGAGAAGCCCUCCUUUGACCGCAACACAGACGUCCAUACAGUGGCAUCUCUGCUGAAGCUGUACCUCAGAGAGCUCCCUGAGCCGGUGGUCCCCUUCUCCCAAUACGAUUGCUUCUUGGCCUGCACCAAGCUGCUCAGCAAGGACGACGCCACGGGUAUUGCGGAAUUGAGGAAACUUGUGAAAGCUCUACCUCAAGUCAACUACAAUCUCCUCACAUACAUUUGCAGAUUCCUAGAUGAAGUCCAAUCCUACUCAGGAGUGAAUAAAAUGAGCGUCCAGAAUCUAGGCACCGUCUUUGGUCCAAAUAUCUUGAGACCGAAGAUUGAAGAUCCUGUAGCAAUCAUGGAAGGUACAGUCCUGGUGCAGCAGCUAAUGGCGGUUCUGAUCGGGCGCCAUGACGCCCUGUUCCCCGACGCGGAGGACGUCACCACGGCGAUGGAGCGCGCCAGCAACAACAACAACGAGCUCCCGUCGCACCGGCCGCUGCCCGUCUCCUCGGGCUCGGGCUCCGCAGGCCAGAACGUGGCCAACAACAACGCCACCCAGUCGUCACGACAGUGCGCGUGGGAGGCCCCCGACCCCCCUCCGCCGGCCCUGCAGCCCACCCACCCCCAGCACCACGCCAUGCACGUGGACAACGGCUCCCCGCCGCCGCACUCGCUCAGCCCCCGGAACAGCCUGGGGGGCCGCUUCGACCUGACGCGCAACCCGCCGCUCACGCUCAAGAAGAACCCGGCCUUCAGCAAGGGCAGCGGCAUCGUCACCAACGGCUCCUUCAGCUCCACCUCCCCCGGGGGAGAGGGCGGGGCCGAGAAGGGCCCCGCCCUCGGAGGAGGGGGAGGAGGAGGAGGAGGAGGAGUGACAGGAGGGGGUAGCCUACCGGGGAGGCGCAACGCCGCCCACAAAGGCUCAGGAACCAAGAUGGGCACCAGCGGGGUGACCAACGGGGGCGGGGCGCGGCUGGGCGUGUCCAGCACCGACGUGGUCAACGGGAGCCUGAACGGACGCAACGGCCUCUGGGUGCCCAACGGCCACGUGACGCUGCGGGACAACAGCAAGGCGCGGGACGGCGAGCACGGCCACUCGUCCAGCCAGAACCGGCUGUCCACGUACGACAACGUCCAGCUGAACCAGCUGAACCUCCAGCAGCAGCAGCAGCAGCACCACCACCACCACCCCCAGCAGCACCACCACCUCCCCCAGCACCACCCCCAGCAGACGCAGCCCGGGGACGGCUGCAGCGAGGACAAGCAGAGCGUGGACAGCGCCACCUGGUCCACCUCGUCCUGCGAGAUCUCCCUGCCCGACAACUCCACCUCCUGCCGCUCCUCCACCACCACCUGCCCCGAGCAGGACUUCUACGCCGGCCACUACGACGAACCGGACGGGCCGGCGGUGGCAGCGGCGGCGGCGGCGGCGGCGAUGCGCGAGAGCGAGGGGGCGGCCCCCGGGGGCGGGGGCGGGGAGGCGGAGGGGAGGCACGGCGCCAACGGGAGGGGCCGCAGGGGGACCAGCAGCAGCGACACCAGCGACGGCUACCCGGUCAGCAACGGGACCAGCAGCCACAGCGCGCUGCACAGCCUGGUGGCCGGCCUGAAGCAGGAGAUGAACAAGCAGAAGAGCGAGUACGAGGCCCGGAUCAAGAGCCUGGAGCAGCGCAACCUGGAGCUGGAGACGGACAUGGCCGGCCUGAACGAGGAGCUGGACCAGGAGAGGAAGAAGUACACCAUGGUGGAGAUCAAGCUGCGCAACGCCGAGCGGGCCAAGGAGGACGCCGAGCGCCGCAACCACAUGCUGCAGAAGGAGAUGGAGCAGUUCUUCACCACCUUCGGGGACCUGACGGCGGGGCCCGGGGCCUCGACCGCCUCCGCCGCCGCCGCCGCGGAGCCACCGCGACGGGCGGACCGCGCCAACAGCAUUUGGAUCCAAUGAAGGAACCGGGAGGAAGGGGAGGGAGGAAGGGGCGGGAGGAAGGGAGGGAGGAAGGGGCGGGAGGAAGGGGCGGGAGGAAGGGAGGGAGGAAGGGGCGGGAGGAAGGGGCGGGAGGAAGGGAGGGAGGAAGGGGCGGGAGGAAGGGAGGGAGCGGAGGACGAAACAGGAAGCGCCUCUUCUGCACGGUGAUGUGAAAACAGAGAAUAUCCUGUGGUGGAAUAUUGUUGUUGUUGUUGUUAUUAUUAUUAAUGGGGUGUGAAUGUUGUGGAGAGGAGGAGGGUCAUUUUUAUUUGACUUUCGCGGGCCUACUUGGACGUUUUGUGGGGGCAUCUGAACGAGGUAGGCGGAUUGGUGGAGGGUGGGGAAAGUGCAAGGCCAUGUAGAAAUGUAGACCUGUGGAAAUUAUGACAAGCUUGAUCAUAUCAGUCUUUAUCAAUCGUUUUUUUUAUAUGUUUAAGUUUAAACUGGUGGACUUUCGCUUGAGUUCCCUUCUGGAUCAGCUAGAAGGGAACUACAAAGUACAAAAUAUAAGAACAACAAACCUUUGGAUUCAAAAAGGUUAAAGUAAACUUGCUUAAUAACUCAACUCCCAUGAUUAUGUAAAAAAUUAUUGUUCGAUGUUCUCAGUCAUUGGCAUUGGUGUGUAUAUGACAGAGUAUAUACAACUGAAUAAACGUGACGGCAUAUACAGUAUGUAAAGACAAAGUAAAGUGCUAUUUUAAUGUUUUAUCGUAUAUUUAAGCAGAACUGUGUCAAUGUAGGAUAUUCAGAUCAUUAUUUUCCUCUCAAGGCUUGCCUUGCACUUAAAUGUUUGUUAACAUUUUGAGACUGUGGUACUGGACUAUAAUGUUUGUGCGUUGCUUCUGAAUGGAUAAAUAUACUGUAUAUAUAGCUUGAUGCUUCUGCGCCGCUAUUGUUCUCCCCAUGACCAAAAAGAUUAAGUCUGUACUGUAAAUAUUUUAUAGAUAAUUGUUGACACUACUUUCUAGUCUGCACUGUGGCUUUAUGCUUAUUGUUACAAAAAGAAAUAGCAUGGAUUACAACAUCGGAUAAUGUUUUGUAGCUUAAUUGUAGCUAAAUUCCCAAAGACUCCCAAAAUCGGGUCAUUGGGAUGAGAUCCCCUUUUAAGUUAUUGAAUAUUCGUCAUCGAUCUGAAACAGUUUUUUUCUAGUAAGGUUUCUUCAUCGUAACACAUUAUGCGUUCUCCCUGUACAAAGCGAUGUCGUUUUUUGCUGUUGUUCAUUCUGUGAAUGCUCUUAGAAGUACAGUUUUGCAAGAGCGAUAUGCUGUGUGCGUAUUUAGAAAAAAAAACACACACAUCUGUUUGUGUGUGUGCGUGGUAACGAUAUCCCAGGUGGUUGCUGUUCUGGGCUGGUGGGCUGGUUUAUAUUUGCAUUGAAUACCCGCUGGAGUUACGUGGUGGGUCCCCUCUGUAUCACCUUCAUAGAACACCAUCGCUUCUGUGCACCUUAACAAAGUUGUAGCUAUCCAUUACAGUUAAUUUCUGCUCAAUGUAAAAAAGCAUGGAUCAGAUAAUAGGGACACAAACAACGCAUCUUUGUCAUUUUAUAGGGAUCACAAGAUAUUGGAUGAAAUUCAUGGCGAGAAAACCAAUUAGCGGUCUGUGCACAGAAUCAUCGACGCAGAACCAUAAAUAAAACCGUUUGACCCAGAAGUAAAGUCGAGCCUUCGGAAAGAGACCUUGUGUUGAUUCUGUCCUCACAUAGCACAGACGCACAAGGUUUUCCUUCUAUCUUUACUGUGAACAAAAGGGCCGUUUUCAAUGAGAAAAAAAGGAGGGAGGAAACGAUCUAGGUGAAGAUGCUUUUUUUGAGAAAAAUUUUAAAAAAGAAAAUGCAAACAUAAAUUGGAGGUAUUUUUUUUUGUUACAGCAUUAUAUAAAUUAGCUUUAAAACAGUCUAUCUUCAGAUUUUUGUUUGAGUUCAGAGAUGUGAAUAGACUGUUAGACAAACAUGGCAUACAUCAUUUCCAACACUCACAGUCACAGAUACAAAACACAAGUCCAUGCACACACACACACACCAACGCAGACCUGACCGCUCUGUCAAGUGGAGGCCACCGGAUCCAUCACUCUCAGCCUUCUCUCGCCACUGUUGCAUGAUGGGACGUUUGGAAUGUGCAGACCAUUUUAGAAAUCUGUCAAUCAAAAGUGCCUGAACUAAAACGAGGGCCAGAAGGAGAGUCUGGGAUUCUCGUCACAAUGCCCUCUAGCAGGCUUUAGACUGGCGGUACAUCACAACAGUGUGUGUGUAUGUAUGUGCGUGUGUGUGAACCCACUCACAAUAGGGCAGAUGACAAGAAAUAGAUUAGCAAAGAGAGGAAAGAUGGGAGUUUGGGGGCAAUGGAAAAUGUUCCUGGCAUGAAUACUUGACACACACAACAAAAUGUCCAAUUUGUUAUUGAUGAAUAAACAAGUGUUUUUAUGUCAGCUC